CUGAGUAGACGUCCCGGUCUUUUGUUGGUCGCUUUAAAUAUAAAAGUUUGCGUCGACGCAUUUAAUUGACACUACUUGCAACUACCUAACGACUAUUAAAGAAUUAAAAUGCCAAAACUUCAGAAGCCAGCACCCGAAUUCUCCGGCACCGCCGUGGUCAAUGGUCAAUUCAAGGACAUCAAGUUGAGCGACUACAAGGGCAAAUACCUGGUGCUCUUCUUCUACCCAUUGGACUUUACGUUUGUAUGCCCCACGGAGAUUAUCGCCUUCUCGGAGCAUGCGGCCGAGUUCCGCAAGAUAAACUGCGAGGUUAUUGGCUGCUCCACGGACAGCCAGUUCACCCAUCUCGCCUGGAUUAAUACGGCACGCAAGCAGGGCGGUUUGGGCAACAUGGACAUACCCCUGUUGGCCGACAAGUCGAUGAAGGUGGCACGCGACUAUGGCGUCCUUGACGAGGACACUGGUAUUCCAUUCCGCGGCCUCUUCAUUAUCGACGAGCAGCAGAACUUGCGCCAGAUAACGAUCAACGAUUUGCCCGUGGGUCGCAGCGUCGAGGAGACUCUGCGCCUGGUGCAGGCCUUCCAGUACACCGACAAGUAUGGCGAGGUGUGCCCAGCCAACUGGAAGCCAGGCCAGAAGACCAUGGUGGCCGAUCCCACCAAAUCCAAGGAGUACUUUGCAAGUGCAUCCUAAGUGGAUGUGCUCCCCAAAGCAGCUCAAAAUUUAUCUUGCCUUUUUUUGUGUAUUUUGUUGACGUGCGGCGCCUCAACACCGGCUGUUGUUGUUCGGGGAACAGAAAUGGAGAGAGGAGAAGCGCAUCGAAUUGCGCCGCACACAGCACACAUAAAACAGAGGCUGCUCAUACACACACACACGUUAAUGAUAAUAAUAUUACAUAUUUACAUAUGCUACAAGCUAAGCUGGCUAAAUGUAACAAAUACCAUACCCCCUACACCCCACCCCACCCUCUACACACACAUACACAACACAUAUAUAUAUAUAUAUAUAAUUUAAGCAGAAAGUAGUAGCAACAAGUUCUGUUUGAUGCAACAAUAAAUCCGUAUUGAAUAGUAA